AUGAAGUUUAUAAGUCUCCUCUCCGUUGUGACCACCGUCGUCGCUACCGCCAGCGCCGGAAGCUCCGUGAAUCUUCGGAAACCUGAGUAUGACCCCAAGUCACUUAGUAGCAGUGGCAGCGAUGACUGCCCCCAGAAAUGUUAUGUGAAGAAGUACCAUGGUGUUGUGCACGAUCAAAAGUGUUUAGUGCGCCUAGUUGGGUGUGUGGACGAUCCCAAACUCACAGUGUCCAGGCUCAUCGACAUUUUCGCAGAGGCCGAUAGCUUUGAGGCCACAUAUAACAUGGAUGAUAGUGGCAGCUACAAAUACGUUAACCUGGAAAAUGUGCUACUGCCCGAGGGCAUGAUCAUUAACGGACAUCCGGUCGCAAUGGAGGAGAACUUCCAAGACUACCUGAAGAAGGCUUUGCCCUGA